GCGUUUGUUUAUGUUCAUGCUGAAUUUAAAAAAAUAAUUAAAUAUCUCGGUUAAUUAAAGAUGAUUAGGAAUUUAAUAAAGAGUAGCUUAAGUAAGAGGAUAUUAGCUACCCAGCUAUGCAAUAAUUUAACAAUUUGUCGGUUUUAUCCUGCACCAAUUAAGAGAUUCUACAAAGAAUCAAGCAUUCUGUAUGCUGACAAAAAGUAUGAAAUAACAUUAGAUCAAAAGAAAUUAAAGACACCAAACGGCUCAGUGUUUCAAGUAGCUAGCGAACCAUUAGCACUUGCGAUUGCAGCUGAAUGGAAUUCACAAAAGGACACGAUUGAAAGAUCCAGAAUGAUGUUAACGUCACUAGCAAAUACAGCUUUAGACAACCCUAAUCAUUUAUCAAAGGAGGAUAUUAUUAAUUACUUGCUGUCAUUUGCAGAAACAGACACAGUUCUGUUUCAUAAUCAGGCUGAACCUGAUUUAUACAAGCUACAAAUUGAAUUAUGGAACCCAAUCAUUAAUUGGUUCAAUAAGCGAUAUAAUACAGAUUUGCAGAAAACUGACGAUAUAUCGCCACCAAAUUUCCCUACAAAUGCUAAAAUGGAAAUAAGCAAGUACUUGAGGUCGCAUACUUUAGAUACACUUCAUGGAUUUCAGUUUGCUGUUGAUACAUUAAAGUCUGUAGUUUUAGCUUUUGCAUGCAUUGACAGAUUCAUAACGCCCGAAAAAGCAGUUCUACUAUCUAGACUCGAGGAAGAGUAUCAACUUGGACAUUGGGGACGUGUUGAAUGGUCUCAUGAUUUGAGUCAACAAGAUUUACAGGCACGAUUAUCAGCUGCUGUGUUUUAUGUACAUUGUAAUUCAUUUUCACAUUUUGUGCAGUCUAAGGACGUAAGUAGGAUUUCUGAGGCACAAGUCUUUUGAGAACAAGACAAUUUAAAUUAGAAGAAUAAAACAAUUAAGUAAUCU